AUGCCGGGCUUCGACUUCUCCAACUACAACCGCAACGCGGCGCUUCACGCCAGGGGUGUUCCGAUGCCCAAAGCGACCAGCACUGGUACGACAAUUGUUGGUUGCAUCUACGAUAAGGGUGUAGUGAUUGCAGCAGAUACCAGAGCUACCAGCGGACCGAUAGUAGCAGACAAGAACUGCGAGAAGCUACACUACAUCGCACCGAAGAUUUGGUGUGCCGGAGCCGGUACAGCCGCCGACACAGAAUUCACCACGGCACUCAUCAGCUCGAACGUCGAACUGCACUCCCUAUCGACGGGCCGGGACCCGCGCGUGAUCACCUGCAUGACGAUGUUGAAGCAGCAUCUCUUCCGCUACCAAGGCCACAUCGGCGCGUACCUGGUGGUUGCCGGCGUCGACCCGACCGGAACCAGUCUGUACACGGUGCACGCGCACGGCUCGACGGAUAAACUCCCCUACGUGACGAUGGGCUCGGGUUCACUGGCCGCCAUGUCGGUGUUCGAGUCGAUGUGGCAGCCCGACCUCGAUCGCGAGGGCGCCAUCGCCCUCUGCUCCGAGGCUAUCAAGGCCGGUAUCUUCAACGACUUGGGGUCCGGAAGCAACGUCGACGUCUGUGUCAUCGAGAAGGAUCAGCCUACCCAGCUGCUCCGCAAUUACAUGAAGCCCAAUGAGCGGGGCCACAAAGAGCGCAACUACCGCUUCCCGCGUGGCACGACGGCUUGGCUCAACCAGAAGGUUAUCAGCAAAGAGGAUAUGAAGAAAUAUGUUACGGUGGAAACCCUGUCUGGGGACCCUAGCCUGGCUGCCGGCGAGAAGAUGGAAGUUGACACUUAA